AUGACAGAAAACCUGAAAACGGAACUGAAGCCGCUGCUCAGUUUCUUGCCCUGAAGUGGCAGCAGCUGGCGGGGGUGCCGGGUGUGGAUUUGAAGAGCCGGAGCUGGGAGCUCGAACAAACAGUAGUGAAGAUGUGGAAGUCUGUAGUGGGGCAUGAUGUGUCUGUUUCCGUGGAGACACAGGGUGAUGACUGGGACACAGACCCUGACUUUGUGAAUGACAUCUCCGAGAAGGAGCAGCGGUGGGGAGCCAAGACCAUCGAGGGCUCUGGACGCGCAGAGCACAUCAACAUCCACCAGCUGAGGAACAAAGUGUCCGAGGAGCAUGACAUUCUCAAGAAGAAGGAAUUGGAGUCGGGGCCUAAAGCAUCCCAUGGCUAUGGAGGCCGGUUUGGAGUGGAAAGGGACCGGAUGGACAAGAGUGCUGUGGGCCACGAAUAUGUCGCUGAUGUGGAGAAACACUCUUCUCAGACUGAUGCUGCCAGAGGCUUUGGGGGCAAAUAUGGAGUUGAGAGGGACCGGGCAGACAAGUCAGCAGUGGGCUUUGAUUACAAAGGAGAAGUGGAGAAGCAUGCAUCUCAGAAAGAUUACUCUCAUGGCUUUGGUGGCCGCUAUGGAGUAGAGAAGGAUAAACGGGACAAAGCAGCUCUAGGAUAUGACUACAAGGGGGAGACGGAGAAGCACGAGUCUCAGCGAGACUAUGCCAAGGGCUUUGGUGGCCAAUAUGGAAUCCAGAAGGACCGAGUGGAUAAGAGUGCCGUUGGCUUCAAUGAAAUGGAGGCCCCAACUACAGCCUAUAAGAAGACCACCCCCAUAGAAGCCGCUUCCAGUGGUGCCCGUGGGCUGAAAGCAAAAUUUGAGUCCAUGGCUGAGGAGAAGAGGAAGCGAGAGGAAGAAGAGAAGGCACAGCAGAUGGCCAGGCAGCAACAGGAGCGAAAGGCUGUGGUGAGGAUGAGCCGUGAAGCUCAGCAGCCACCGAGGCCUGUGGAAGAGCCAGCAGUGCCGGCCCCGUUGCCCAAGAAGAUCUCCUCAGAGGUCUGGCCUCCAGCAGAGAGUCACACCCCCCCAGAACCUGAACCCAUGAGAAGCAGAAAAGAACACGCCGUGCCCUCUCUGCCCAGGAUGCAGACUCCACCACAGUAUCCCCCGGAGGACGAGGAGCCCCCAGCUCUGCCCCCGAGGACUCCCGAAGGCCUCCAGGUGGUGGACGAGCCAGUGUAUGAAGAAGAGCCUCAGCUGGAUCCUGAGAAUGACUAUGAGGACGUUGGGGAGCCCGAUCGGCAGGAGGAAGAGGGGGACUAUGAGGAUGUGCUGGAGCCCGAGGUCACCCCUUCUCUGUCCUACGAGGCUGGAUCAUCAGCCGGGGCUGGUGGUACCGGGACCUCUGCUGUAGCCCUGUAUGAUUACCAAGGAGAGGGAAGCGACGAGCUCUCCUUUGAUCCAGAUGACAUCAUCACUGACAUUGAGAUGGUGGAUGAAGGCUGGUGGCGGGGCCGUUGCCAUGGCAACUUUGGACUCUUUCCUGCAAACUAUGUCAAGCUCCUCUAGUGAGCAGCCCCAUUGUCUUCUGCUACUCCAAUUCCCCAGGUUCAAAGUGGUUCUGCCUCCUCCUACCCACUCCAUAGGACUGCUGCAAGGACCUAAUAGCAUGCCAUGGUGCGCCUGAGGUUCAGACAGACCUCCCUCUCCUGCUUUAUUAAGAGCUUUAGGUAGAGGCAGCCUGAGGCAGGGGCCUCCCUCUGCAUCCACUCUUCCCUGGGAUAACUCAUAGCAUCAUCUGUGAUCCUGCCUCCUUCCCAGCACCUCACUCUACUCUCCUCCCUCUUGAGUGCUGGCAUUCCCCUGUAUGCUAGCCUUGAGGGAAGUUCUUGCUAAGCAGCCUGAUUUUGCCUGGUUGUGCUUUUUUGCUUAUUUUCCUUCCCGUAGGAGAAAAAUUAGAACUGUCUUUUCUAUUUAGACAUAAAACUGAAAAUAAAGUGAGACUCUGGCUUA